AUGGCGACGCUCGUGAAUGUAUUUUCGAAGGGCACUCAAUUAAGUAAGAGGAUAAGGUGUCUGUAUCGCUAUGGAGAAAAAUAUUGCAGCAGCGUAGCAACACCUAAAAUUACAACACAUUACACAGUUCAUCCAAGAGAAAAUGAUCCUCGCUGGAAAGAUGUGGAUAUGGAGAGGUUUGCAGAUGAAGCUGAUGUACUCAUCGUCGGUGGAGGUCCAGCGGGGCUGUCAGCCGCAUGUAAACUCAAACUCAUGGCUAAUGAACAGGGGAAGGAACUGAGGGUGUGCUUGGUAGAGAAAGCAGCUGAGAUCGGUGGCCAUACCUUAUCAGGUGCUUGCAUUGAACCAAGAUCUCUGGAGGAAUUGUUUCCAAACUGGAGAGAAAUGGGAGCACCACUGAAGACUGAGGUGAAAGAAGACAAGUUUGCUUUUCUGACUGAGAAGGGAAGGAUCCCUAUCCCAGUAUUACCAGGAAUGCCGAUGAGUAACCAUGGGAAUUACAUAGUGAGGCUGGGCAAUGUUGUCAGAUGGCUUGGAGAACAGGCCGAGGCAUUAGGUGUGGAGAUUUACCCGGGCUAUGCUGCCAGUGAGGUGUUAUUUCAUGAAGAUGGUAGUGUGAAAGGAAUAGCCACAAAUGAUGUAGGAAUACAUAAAGAUGGAUCACCAAAGGAAACUUUUGAAAGAGGUAUGGAACUCCAUGCUAAAGUGACAAUAUUCAGUGAAGGAUGUCAUGGACAUUUAGCAAAACAGUUGUACAAAACCUUUGAUCUCAGGAAAGAUUGUGAACCACAGACUUAUGGGAUAGGAUUCAAAGAAUUGUGGGAAAUAGACCCGGCACUUCAUCAGCCUGGGCGAGUAGAGCACACAGUGGGAUGGCCCUUUGAUAACAGGACAUAUGGAGGGACAUUUCUGUAUCAUUUAGAUGAAGGUCCCCUCAUUGUUGUCGGGAUUGUGGUUGGACUUGACUACAGAAAUCCUUAUUUAAGUCCAUUCAGGGAAUUCCAGCGAUUCAAACACCAUCCCUCUAUUGAACCUCUAUUCCGCUCUGGUAAAAGGAUAGGAUACGGUGCACGUGCACUUAAUGAGGGAGGUGUUCAGUCCAUCCCCAAGCUGUCUUUUCCUGGAGGAUGUCUGAUUGGGUGUAGCCCGGGCUUCAUGAAUGUACCCAAAAUCAAGGGAACCCACAACGCCAUGAAGAGCGGCAUCUUGGCUGCCGAGUCAGUGUUUGAACUCGUUACUGAUGAGGAAAAAGUUUCACAAUCACCAACAACAGGAUUAGAGCCAGUGAAGUACGAGGAGAAUCUGAAGAACAGCUGGUUGUGGAAGGAGCUUUAUGCUGUCCGCAAUGUUAGGCCUUCCUUUAACACGAGUUUAGGAACCUUUGGAGGCGUACUGUAUACUGGUCUGUUUUACUGGAUAAUGAGAGGAAAGGAGCCAUGGACUCUUCAUCAUGGAG